GAACGCUUUAAAAAACAACGAGGUGCAAUGUUGGACAAAAACCUGCGGGAGGCAACAGUGAGCCAAAUAUCCAAGGUUGACAUACAAGAAGAAGACCGCAAAAAGACGCAUGCGCACUGCGCUGACCUUCCGUGCUACUAUCAAGCAUGGCUACUUGUACAUUAACGAGAGGGCUUUGGAGGCUUCUACGUCAUCAUAAUUGCAAUUUUUCCACUGCAGCGUCCAUCAAAUUACAACCGCAAAGCGACCAAGUCUCGGACGAUAUUAUGAAGCUUCCCCUAGAGAAGCCAGAUUUUUUCCGUGUCUCGGAGCUUUUCACGGUCAAAGACUUGUUUGAUGCAAGAGUGCACCUUGGCCACAAAAAAGGAUGCAGACACAGGCUCAUGGUCCCUUACCUGUAUGGCUGCCGCUUGGAGCAGGACAUUCUGGACUUGGACCAGACGGUGGAACACCUGCACCUGGCCCUCAACUUUACGGCGCACGUGGCAUACCGCGGCGGCGUGAUCCUCUUCGUCAACCGCCGCCGCCAGUUCGGCCAGCUGGUGGAGAGCACGGCACGCGAGUGCGGCGAAUAUGCCCAUACGCGCUAUUGGCAGGGCGGCCUGCUUACCAACGCCCACGUGCAGUACGGGACCGGUGUACGCUUGCCCGACCUCCUCAUCUUCCUGAACACACUCAGCAGCGUGUUCCGCUCGCACGUGGGCCUGCGUGAUGCUGCCAAGAUGAACAUCCCCACUGUAGGUGUGGUGGACUCCAACUGCAACCCCUGCCUUGUCACCUACCCGGUACCCGGCAACGACGACACGCCCGUCGCCAUGGAGCUUUACUGCCGCCUCUUCAAGAUGGCGAUCCGGCGAGGUAAGGACAAGAGGAAGCAGAUGGAGCUGCUCCAUGGCCUGACAGCACCCAACUCACCUGGCCUGUGACCCCCUACUGUUAAUCUUGGAUUAAACAAAAGACCCUCAUCAUCACAAUUUAUUUUCACUGUAUGUAUGGUGCUGACUAUUAAAAUUACAUUCGUUAUCCA